AUGGCGGCGGCGCGCGGGGCCGCGUGCCUGCUGCUGCUCUGUCUUCUGGCGUCGUCGCUGCCCGACGGCGCCUGCGGCUCGGAGGCGGCUGGGACGGCCGAGUCGCCGGGCGGCGCCGGCUCCGGGGAGCGGUUUAAGAUCGAGGGCCGGGCCGUGGUGCCCGGGAUGAAACCGCAGGACUGGAUCGCGGGGGCUCGGGUGCUGGUGGACGGGGAGGAGCACGUCGGCUUCUUGAAGACAGAUGGCAGCUUUGUGGUUCAUGAUGUACCUUCAGGAUCUUACGUGGUGGAAGUGAUAUCCCCUGCUCAUAAAUUCGAGCCUGUGCGAGUUGACAUCACUUCCAAAGGCAAAAUGAGAGCCAGAUACGUGAAUUACAUCAAAACCUCCGAAGUGGUCAGGCUGCCAUACCCGCUCCAGAUGAAAUCUUCUGGGCCUCCUUCAUACUUCAUCAAGAGGGAGUCUUGGGGCUGGACAGAUUUCCUCAUGAAUCCUAUGGUGAUGAUGAUGGUUCUUCCAUUACUGAUAUUUGUGCUGUUGCCCAAAGUUGUCAACACCAGUGAUCCUGAUAUGAGACGGGAAAUGGAGCAGUCCAUGAACAUGCUGAAUUCCAACCACGAGCUGCCGGAUGUCUCCGAGUUCAUGACAAGACUUUUCUCCUCAAAAUCUUCAAGCAAGUCUGGUAGCAGCAGCAGUAAAGCAGGGAAGAGUAGUUCUGGAAAAAGGAGGUAGCUAAGCCUUCCUCCUAAGCCUGGUUUGCACAUCUCUUUGUCACUCAGUACCACGUUCCCUUGUCUUGAGACAGCCACUACUGUCCCCUUAAAUCAGGCACAGGCUCCAGGGUGUGCUGCAGCUGUGCUGUCCAGCUACUCUCAGUCUCCAUAAGCUGGCUUGUACUUGACAGCAAGCAAAAGAGGGCCAUGGCUUCAAUCCUGUAUCUGUACAGAGUUAGUGAUGAUGCUGAGUUCCCUGGGCUGUUCUGUAGAGCCUUAUUACAGGUUAUAUACUAAACAGUAAUGAGUGUCUUAAUCAUGAGACUGUAUCAAAAAAUUCAGCAAUGACAGAAGUGGAGUUCAGUCUUGAGGUGACUUUAAUGUUUUAUAUUUGCUGUUGAGUUCUGCAAUGAACAAGUCAUUUCAGAAUGGGAGUGGUGGGUUUGCUGAGUUAAGCAGUUUGCUGUGUCAUCUUGUCAUAUGUG